GACCCAGGAUGGGGGAGUGAGUCGAGCGAGUGCCUUUAACUGUUUAAGCAUGAACUUUUAGGUCAAGUUGGAUUUGUUAAGGUUUAAAAAGCGCACAGUUUGACUAGAAUCAGUGAAGGAGAAGAUGAAGACAACAAAGAGAGACUGAAGAAGAAGAAAGAAGAAGAGAAGAAUUAGAUCUGAAAGCUCAUAUACUUCAACAUCGUAUCUUUUCUUCUUUCUGUUUUCACAGAUGCCACGCUCUUCCUUUCACAAGCUUAUUCUCUCCUCCACCAUUAGAGAAAGGAAGCUGAGGAUUCCAGAAAAUUUUGUCAAGAAGUUCAAAGAUGAGCUUUCCGUAGCUGCCACACUUAUGGUUCCUAAUGGUAAUGUUUCACGUGUAGGAUUAAAAAGAGUUGACAACAAAAUUUGGUUUUAUGACGGCUGGCAAGAAUUUAUGGAGCGUUACUCUAUCCGUAUUGGGUACUUUUUGGUCUUCAAAUACGAGGGACAUUCAUCCUUCAAUGUUCACAUAUAUAAUUUGCCUUCGUCUGAGAUUAAUUAUCAUUCAAAUCCUUACAGUAGAGCUGAAGCACCCUAUCAUAGCAAACAAUACCGUAUAUUUGAAGAAAUGGAAGAUGAUGACUCAGAAGUUGGAGAUCGUUCAACACUGAGCAAAACUUUCAAUCCUCCAACACUUCAGAAUUUGCUCACUAGUUCCAAAUAUGAUAGCAGUAUGCAUUAUGCUGGUGAAGCAAACUUACAUCGAUCAAAAGUGACAUUGUAUUCCCCAGAUGGAGAACUAGAAAGGCUUAAAAAGUCUGGGAGAAAAAAGCAGAAGAUCGAGCCCAAACCCGUAAAAGUGCAGAUAAUCAGGAUUCAUCAGCUCAAGAAGAACAUGAGGGAGAAAUGCGCUUUAGAUUUUAUGAAAGUGCUUCGGCAAGAAAGAGAACAGCAACUGCUGAAGAAAGAGAAAGAGCGAUCAAUGCAGCUAAAUCUUUUGAGCCAACCAAUCCUUUCUGCAGGGUUGUCCUGCGACCAUCUUACUUAUAUAGGGGGUGUAUUAUGUAUCUGCCAUCCUGUUUUGCUGAAAAACAUCUAAAUGGGAUUUCAGGAUUCAUUAAACUACAGAUGUCUGAUGGGAAGCAGUGGCCUGUUCGAUGUCUAUAUAAAGGAGGCAGGGCUAAGUUCAGUCAAGGCUGGUAUGAAUUUACCUUGGAGAAUAAUUUGGGGGAAGGAGAUGUUUGUGUCUUUGAGGUGCUUAGGGUGAGGGAUUUUGUGCUGAAAGUAACCGUAUUUCGCAUCCUGGAAAGUACAGGAUAUGUGAAUUGACUGCCACAUUAAGUUUCUCUGAAUUGGAUUUCUUUUGACAAUGGAUGUUUCUUUGCUUGUUGCUAAACCCUGUCAAGUAACCCCGUCUUUUUCUGGUGAUAUGUUCCUGAUCUGUUUUAAUGUAUCCAUAAACUCAUGUGUACAACUUACUGGACCUUUUACUAGUCAGGACUUUCUAUACAAAGUUUUUGUGGCUCAAUGUGUUGUACAUAGGCUUAAUUCAGCUGGACUAGAACAAAGGAUCUUAAUCCCAAUAUAAUUAUUAUUUCAUUGAGUUUUAA